UCAAAAGUCAAAACUCAAAACAGCGAAAUUUUUCGUACGCUUCGAAGCCAUUUUAGGUUUUACUUUAAAGCUUUUUUAUAGUUACAUACUUUAUCUCCGUCCAAGUUAUCAUGGUGCGUCAAGUUCUGUUCUUGUAAUCGUUUUCUGUUAAUUUCUGUAAGUUGUAUGUUGGCCUGUGUAUUUUCAAAGGAACCUAACAUUUGCGCAUGGUUGAGAAAUUGUUGCUUCGAAGCUCUGGAGUUUUCAUGAAUAGUAUUCCGAGCGAUAUGGAUAUUAAGAAGACCGUCACAGUUUUAACUCAACGAUUCGAGCAACGAGCCUUGGAUUUCCAAACUCCAGCGCUCAGCCGACCAGUUAACCGACCGAUCAUCCCCGCCAUUCCCUCCGCGCGGUCCACCGAUUGCGGGGCAUCCGCCACAUCCACCGGCUCCUUCAAAGAGAACGACGCUAGAAAGAGAACCGUGCGCAAAUGGUCGUACAGAGAUUUCGACAUCGGCCGUCCCCUGGGCAAGGGGAAAUUCGGCCGGGUCUACCUGGCCAAGGAGAAGAAAUCGGAUUAUAUUGUGGCGCUGAAGGUGCUGUUCAAGAAAGAGCUGCUGGACAAUAAACAGGAGCAGACGCUGCGCCGCGAGAUCGAGAUCCAGGCACGGCUGCGGCAUCCCAAUAUUCUGCAGAUGUACGGCGUGUUCUGGGAUCAGCAGCGGGUGUAUUUGAUCCUGGAGUAUGCGGCGUGUGGGGAGCUGUUUAAAAAACUGCGAACGGCUAUAAGAUUUCAGGAGCCGGAGGCAGUUACGUAUAUCGCUGAGUUGACGGACGCGCUGAUCUACUGUCACUCGAAAAACAUUAUUCAUCGCGACAUCAAACCUGAGAAUUUGCUUUUGGGUGGCUACGGAGAGCUGAAGCUGGCUGAUUUCGGUUGGUCAGUCAAUGCAGCUGGUAAUAAAAACCGUCGCACAGUGUGCGGUACACCGGAUUACUUGCCACCGGAAAUGAUAACAACGCGCCAACACAACAAAACCGCCGAUAUUUGGUGUGUCGGUGUUUUGAUGUAUGAACUCCUUGUCGGUUCCGCCCCAUUUGAAGACCAAAACCAAAGUGAAAACCAUGAAAAGUUGUAUGAGAGGAUUACCAAGUUAAAAUACCAGAUUCCAACAUACGUAUCACGAGACGCCCGCUGGAUGAUCCAGGGAAUGCUGAAGCUGAAGGGGAACGAACGAAUGCCGCUGGAGAGCAUCCAGAAUAGUUCCUGGGUGAAAUCCCUUCGUCUCAAAAGGGACACGCUGCAGAUCUGAGGGAGUCAGCCGUGCACGAGAUUGUUUGUGGGAAUUGUGGCUUUGUGCUUGUUUAUCGGUAUUGUAUUUUUACAUGUCGAUUUCUGAGUAAUGUGUGGUUUGUAUCUGAAUGUUGUUCCGGAUUGUUGGUAUAUUUUACAAUUUUGGGGCGCGUAAGCGUCAGUUUCCCGUUUUUGUAGGUCUAAAUUUACAGGGGAGUGCGCUAAGCAAUUUAUUCUGAGCGAUUAAAGAAAAGUGAUUAAAAAGGUGUUCCAGAGAAACAUUUUAAUCGCUCGAGUUUUUAAUCGGUCUGCUACCAACCGAUUAAAGAAAUUCGCGAAUUUCUUUAAUUUAAUCGAAAGUUUCUUAAUCGGUAGUGAUUAAAAACUGCCACUAGGAGGUUGCUCGAAACCUACCAAUAGUAGCGUUCUGAGUCCGAGUUCUGAGUCGAGCCGCUCCUGGUAAUUCGUAAAACUCUUAAUCGCUCAAGUUUUUAAUCACUUUCUUUAAUCGCUUUUGGCGCUCAGCGCAUCCCCUGUUAAUAUCUUGUGCAGUACAGUACUUAGAAUUUGUACAGAAGUGCAUUAUUUUCAGCUUUUAUUGAGGUGUGGUGGUCGGUUGUACUCUGUAGCUUGUCUUUAGCUUGCGCAGCGCUGAUUUGUUAUUUGUUGACAUAAUCAUUUCGAUCG